AUGGCGUGAUUCGACUCUAUGCGCUUCUGGCCAAGCGCUUCUUUUGGCUGUCACGCUCUUACUUCGUCAUCGUUGCGGGCUGGUUUUUACCGGUGUUCAUAUUUUCCUUUGCCAUCUAUGUCACGUCCACCAAACUCUUCACGGCAAGAAGCCAAAUGCGCUCGAAGUCCAUCGACUUACGCUUCUCGAAGCAAUUCCCCGAAGCGAGUGUUUUCCUUCAAGCCAAUUCGAGCGACUUUACAAAGCACUUCCUUUCGCUGUUGAGGCAGCAAGGCGCCACAGUGGUCCCCAUGCAGAAUGCCUACCUCAAACUGCGCACCAUGGCUGAAGAACACUACGACCAGUACAGCACGACGAUUGCCUUCGGCGGCGUCUUCAGUGGCAGCGAGAUUGAAUUGUGGUACAGUCCGUACACCCCCGUCAGCAAAGCCGUGGGCCUCAACCUGAUCACCACGGUGCUGAACCAGGUCUACUCCGGAGACAAUUCUGGCCAUAUUGUUACUACGCUGAGCGUCUACAACAAAAGCAGGUCUCACGAGUCUUGGCCUUCAGCAGUUGUGCCAGAGCUGGCACGCAACUGGAUUUUCUGGAGCCUGCUACCGGUUGUGGCAUUCGGAUUCCUAACAGCAGCAUUCGUGCUGCAGCCAUCGUCCGAGAGGCUGAGUGGAGUGAAGGCCCUGCUCUCCCUGUCAGGCACUCCUGUACCGCUCGACCUCUUUGCCAACCUGGUGUUCGACCUGCUUUUCUACGUUGUUCCCACGGGUGCAUGCAUCGGAUUGUACGCCUGGUUCUUCCGGCCGAACAAAUUUACAGCAGAGGUCUUGGCUCUCAUCGUGGCCUGCUUCGCGCCGGCUGCCAUUCUGUGUUCGUACUUCAUCGCGGAACUGUCGAACACACUGCAGUCCGCUUAUGCCGUCGGCGUAGGACUGUUCGUCGUAGGAGCGCCAGCCGUCUGCGUGUGGUACGCCCUGCGCACCGCCUUUCUUCACCGUGGCGUCCCUCGAGCGGCCUUCUCCUGUUUCCCGUCGUUCGCCAUGACUUCGAGCGUGGUGCGCGCAGUCAACCUGCAGGUGGAAGCCGAAGCGUGCGUGGCGCUGCGCGCCACUCGCGCUGGAGCGCGCACCGCCCUGCAGUCGGCUUGCCCCAACGUCAGCUCCUUGGGCCCCGGGUUUAAGCACUGCUGUGAAAAACACUCUAGAAUACAGCGCAGCGCAGAAAAUUGCCUGGGUGGAAUGGUUCGAGAAGAUCGUUUUCUUCGAGAAGAUGUUUGAUCUCGAGCACGUGUACAUUUCGGCGACUGAAUUGACACAGUUUAUAGUCGUCGUUGCGAAAAAGAUAGAAACAUCGCACGUGACACAAGAUCUUGG